AUGGUACCAAAUCUGGGGCCAAGCUCAUCACUCGGCUACACUCCGUUCGAAUAUUGGAAGGGUCCCAAACCGGUUCUUCCUGGCCAGAAGCGCAAAUCACGCGCUGUCGCCCUCGAUCUAGAGCCGUUGCUUCCCACCCCCACCCCGGAUCCGCGGUCUCGCGCUGCCGCAACAUGGCCGGGACGACAGCAACAUCUCCCCCCAAGUGCCUUCGUGGCGCAGCCAGGCACCUUUGCCGUCUCGUCCAAUAAUGGCAAACCAUUCGCUGAGAUCCUCGUCGUCCCUCCAAAGGUGUUAGUCCACCCACUUUUUCGAGACGAGAUAAAGACCCCAGACUGGCCCAGGGGUUUCUCCCCGUAUCCCGAUUCCAUGAACGACUCGACUUACGACUUCAUGGCGGACUACGGGUAUUCCAACGAGAGCAAGAAAUCCGCGGCGUGGUGGGAUCCGAGGGGAUGGAAGAAGAGGGUUUGGGCCGGUGUUAGUGCCGCCAUCAUUAUCAUUAUCGUUAUCAUCGUCGCCGUCGUCGUCACGCAAAACAACAAGAACCGUUACCCCGACUAUUCGAAGCUGUCAUACAAGCUGAGUGACACAUACUCUGGAGAGACCUUUUUCGACAAGUUCAACUACUUCAACACAUAUGAUCCAACGGGAGGAAUGGUUCACUACGUCGGCCGCGAUGAGGCCACGACACGGAACCUAACAUACGCCACCUCGGACACGGCAGUCCUGCGCGUCGACACCGCCGUCGGCCCCAGCUCCACCCCGGAUGCUUCGACGGGCCGCUUCUCGGUGCGGGUCGAGUCCAAGACGCAGUACGACAAGGGCCUCUUCAUCUUCGACGUUAAGCACACGCCCUACGGCUGCGCAUCUUGGCCAGCCCUCUGGUUCGCGGACCCCAACAACUGGCCCACCGCCGGAGAAAUCGACGUAAUGGAGGCCAUCAACCAGGGCACCGACGGUAACCAGAUGACGCUGCACACCACCGACGGGUGUGAAAUGAACGUCAAGCGCAAGCAGACGGGCAGCACGCUGGAGACGAACUGCCUCAACUCCACCAACUCCAACGCCGGGUGCGGCGUCCAAGCUAAAUCGUCGUCGUACGGCCAAGACUUCAACAAAGGCGGCGGCGGCUACAUGGCCAUGGAGUGGCGCGACGAGGGUAUCCGCGUGUGGCAGUUUGCGCGCUCUUCCGUGCCCUCCGACAUCACCAACAAGUCGCCCGACCCCAGCACAUGGGGCGAAGCCGUGGCGGACUUUCCCAACACGUCGUGCGACAUGGGGUCGCACUUUAAGAACCAGUCCCUCAUCAUCAACAUCAACGUCUGCGGACAGCUCGUCGAGGCCAAGUACGCCGACUCUGGGUGCGGAGGGACGAGUUGCUCUGAUUUCCAGGCCAACAAUCCCGACGCAUUUGAAACUGCUUUCUGGGAGUUUGGCGCUUUCCAAUUCUAUACGGCCUCAUGA